CAACUCUGUCAGAUUGCGAUUUUUUCCCGAAAGUGAGAAAAAUCGAAGCAGGCAGCCAUCUUAACUCGUCCAGGUCACAGUCGUAAGAGCAGUGUGUGUCAAGUGCGUGCGAAAAAUUUUCCUAGCGUUCCCGAAUCAGCAAGCACCCCGCCGAGAUGAGCCCGAAACCGACUGAGACGACCGAUGCGCCGGCGAUCGAGCUGAAGGCCGCUCCGUUCGAUCCCCGUUUCCCGAACCAGAACCAGACCAAGUAUUGCUUCCAGAGCUAUCUGGACUUCUACCGGUGCGAGAAGAUUAAGGGCGAAGGCGACAGCGUGUGCAAGUACUUCAAGGACGUGUUCACCGAUAUCUGCCCGAACGUUUGGGUCGAAAAGUGGGACAGCCAGCGGGCCGAGGGAACCUUCGCCGGUAGAAUCUGAGCAGUUCCGGAACGGUGUGAUGGCGAAGAAGCGGAAUGCUUGAAUGUGUGACGGGUUGUAAAAAAAGAAGAAGCGUGGGAGGAAUUGAGUUCCAACAAGCAUUUCAGUAAUACAGAAGAUAUGAUUGUUACGUA